CAAAGGAGAGGAACGAUCACUCUACAGUACAGGUAGGAGACUACCUGUACAUGUGGGGUGGGAGGAUGCCUGAUCUCUCUGGAGUACACAAUAAUGAAAAGAAGAAAUCAAUGUGUUCUGUAGUGGAGGUCUGUCACCUACCAACUGGUGAGUGGGUACAAAAGCCUACCACUGGUGACCCUCCACUUGGUGUCCGUGGCUAUGCUGCUGCUGUCAUUGGAAAUGAAAUAUUCUUUUUUGGAGGCUAUUGUGGUCAUAGUCACUGUUAUCAUAAUAGUUUAUACAGUUUUAAUGUUGAUACCUUCAAUUGGAAGGAACUCUCUCCUACUACACCUCAUCAUGGUCCUAUGAUGAAGGAUGGCUCCAGCAUGAUAGCAAUAAAAGUGAAUGAUGAGGACUAUCUUGUAGUAAUUGGAGGAAAUGGACCAUCUUUUAAUAAUACCCCACCACAACCUGGUGCCCAGUACAGUGGAGUUGCUGAUCAAUGGUGCAAUGAAGUCCAUAUGUACAGAUUAAAAACUGGUCA